ACGCCGCCAUAGAAACCCAGAGGACGACAUGGCUGCUGCCGGCCGGGUGGCAAGGUUUCCGACCCUGCGGGCGGCAGCCGUACCCGAGUUGCCGUCACUUUCGCCACAGCCAGUGGCUCCCCUUCGAGGGAAGCCUAGAAAGCACCUGGUCUAUCCGCACGCCCCGAGGAGCUCCCGCCUGUCUCGGUCGGUUCUGCGCUGGCUCCAGGGCCUGGACCUCAGCUUCUUCCCCAGGAACGUCAACAGGGACUUUUCAAAUGGCUUCCUGGUUGCAGAAAUAUUCACUAUAUAUUACCCCGCAGACCUUAAAUUGUCAUUCUUUGAAAAUGGAACUUCUUUAAAAGUCAAGCUGGAUAACUGGGCACAGUUGGAGAAGUUCCUGGCACGAAAAAAAUUUAAAUUACCCAAAGAACUAAUCCAUGGGACAAUUCAUUGUAAAGCCGGAGUACCUGAAAUACUGAUACAAGAGAUUUACACCUUGUUAACACAUCGAGAAGUUAAAAGUAUCCAGGAUGACUUCGUGAGUUUCACAGACUACGGUUACCAGAUGCGUCUGCCCCUGGUUACGAGGUCUACAGCAUCAAAGUCCAUUAAAGAUAACAUUAGGUUAUCAGAAUUAAUGAGCAAUCCCAACAUGCUCAGCAAUCAACUUAAAGUAGAGUUCCUCCUCCUUUUACAAAUGUUGCAAAGAAAACUAAGCAGAAAAUUGAAUCCAAAAUGGUUUGAAGUUAAACCAACAGUGGGAGAAUCUACACUUGAUCAUCUUCCUGCCCAAACCUCUAGGCACAGAUGUAAUUUAGGGAUUUCAAGGGAAAGAGUUGUUCCUGUUUUAUCAAAUACAGGUAAUGGUGGUAAUCCACUUAAAGAAAUUCAUGUGAUGCGAGCUGGAAAACAUUUUUUUGAAUCUGCUAUAAAACCUACCAAACCAUGGAAAAGUGACCAUAAAAAGUACCUAAUGGCUUGAAGAAGUGAUGCGGCCAUCUCUUGCCACACUGAAGGAACAUGACCACGUAGUCCUGGAUAAAUCUCAAUAAUAAGUAAAUUAUAGUGGUGUCUUAUCCAUACCUGGGCUGAGGAAGGUAUUUUUUCAAUUCAGUGUUAUUCAACAACCAUUUAUUUAACAUCUGUGCCAGGUACUAUUGAAAAUACAAAAUGAAACUAAUUAGCACAGAAUGAGCAAAAAUAAUUUUAAAGGCACAGUUAAACAUAAUUCACCAUGUCGGAUAAGAAUUCUUUCUCAUAAAUUCUGUAGGAAAGGUGAAUCUACUUGAUAAUAUUAUCAUUUUCCUCAUUAGAAAUGAAAAGAGCUACUUCAUGCGGUAGUAUGUAUUUACACAUCACGUGCAUUAGAAAAAUUUAUUCUGAAUGAUUAUUACUAUACAUCGCCUCACAGAACAUCUUGCUCACCU